GCGUCUCUCGCUUUAGCGUAAGAAAUUCCAUGAAGGGAGAUGCUCCAGCACCUUCUUUAUAUUGAAGUUCCUAGCGUAUCCCAGCCUGCCAUCUGGUUGUUGACGCCAUUUCGUCCCAACUUUAUACCAUCUCUAUUCUUCGAUCACCUCGUCAAGCUCGCGAUUGCAUCAUCUGAUUUCUAUCCAAUUGUCAGCCUUUGCUUGCCGUUUCCUGCCAUUCACCAUGCCAUCACGCGAGGACAACAAUACCACCUCGCAACCCCCGCCAUACACCGCCGCCGCCGCUAUUAACCGGACUGUCGAUGUGGAAGUCCCUUCGCUCGCGGCCACACCCGCAACCGUGACUAGUCAUGGCGACAGCAACGCCCAAAACGGCAAGAGGAAAUACCCUCCAAUCUCGUCUGUUCCCCACACCACCCGCUCCCGCCUAGACGCCGCCUCUCCCCCAAACAUCCCGACGACCUACAUACCGGCCGCCACCUUCUCGGUCGACUCGUCCCCCGAGGCCGACGCUGCCGCCACGGCCGACACGGUCCUCUACCUGGCCUAUGGCAGCAACCUGUGCGCCCAGACCUUCCUGGGCAUGCGCGGGAUCCGACCGCUGUCGCGGACCAACGUCGCCGCGCCCUCGCUCCGCCUCGUCUUUGACCUGCCGGGCAUGCCCUACGCCGAACCUUGCUUUGCGAACUCGGCCCCGAGGAAGCUUCCGAAGGUGCCGGGCGGGGACAAACCGCCGAUUCCCAUCCCGGAGAUACCUCCGCGCAGUGGCCGCUUCGCAACCAACGGCCAUGGCGACCCCGUCUGGGACAAGGGUCUGAUGGGCGUCGUGUACGAGGUCACACGUGAGGACUACGCCAAGAUCGUAGCCACCGAGGGCGGCGGGUCGUCGUACCAAGACAUACUCGUGCCCUGCCUCGAGCUUCCGCCGUCCGUCUCGGUGCCCGAGAAGCCAUCCCCCAUCCCGGAGCUGCCCAAGCCGUUCCUCGCACACACUCUCUUCGUCCCGCCAAAGAUGCCGGUCAGCGAAGACGGCGAGCGAGACCCCGACGAGCCCAAAAAGCCAGAGCUGCCGUGGUACGCGCGCUUCUUGGGCCAUCGACGCCGUCCGGACCCGGACUACGCCCAGCCGAGUCUGCGAUACCUCAACCUCCUACGCGAGGGCGCGCGGGAGCAUGACCUGCCCGCCGACUACCAGGCAUGGCUGGCCGAGCUGCACCACUACGAAAUCACCACGACUCGGCAGAAGAUUGGACAGUGGCUUCUCAAGCUGACGCUUUUCCCGGUGCUGGUGAUGACCUUUGGGCUCGGGCGGCUGUGUUCAGACGAGCGAGGGAUCCAGCCGCUGUGGCUGCAGGUGUGGACGGGCAUGUUCUUUAAAAUGUCUUGGAAGCUGUACGACGCCGUCAUGAAGCCGUUGUUUGGUGAUGGCGAGCGGACAAUGGUCAAGGAGAACAAUGCAACAAGAGGCCAGGGCCUGAACAGGGUGGUGGAGAAGCCCAGGAGGAGAAUCAGUAUCAAUCAGCCACUUGAGGCUGAUGAGGAGAAGAGACCAUUGCUGAAGAAUAUAAGGUGAUGGGGUCAUUCCUUGCACUGCGUUUGUUGCUAUUUACGAGAAAGCUUAGUUUCCGAUCUUAAACACAUGAAUCUCUUCAAUCAAAUUGAUUUCCUGGAGUUCCCAAUAUACUAAUAGCCACCAUUCCUGCUCUCGUCAUCCAGUUCCCCGCCGCGAGUUGUUUCGUUGACCGCACAUUCAUUAUUUGUUCGUCAUUCCGAUCGCUGAUAUGUAAGACUGAGUAUAUCUCUUCGGACUAGCAGGAAAAUAAACAUGCCUCGGUCGCAGCAUUAGGGAGCUGUCGCUAAGGUGCAAUGUGCAGUCUUUUCGGCCGUCUCCGCGUGAUGUUUCUCGACUUUGUGCGUCCACUAUGUUGCUCUUCUUCGCAACCCGGGCAAGCCCAGAAAUGCAGCGAAACAAAAAGAAGCUAGAGAGGAUUAAAAGGGGGAAAUAGUAAGGGGAAACCCCGUCCAACAAGACAGUAGAGUGAAGGACAUGGCAAUUAUUUUUUGCGCGACAUAGAAAAUGAACGUAAACAAUAACAUAGUAAAGAAACUAUCAUGGGAUGUCAAAUCCACUGACUUUUGCGAAUGAUCUGCAAAGCGAGGUCAUCAGCUUCAUUUUCAACCAUUGCAGAGGUUAGAAGAGAAUAAGAGCCAAGGGAUGAUGGGAACUGCCGAUGAGCAGAAAA